UCAGCUUCUGUGUUCCCAUAAUUUCUCUAGCAAAAAUAAAUAAUAAUAAAUGGCUGAAACAUUUUUGUUCAGCAUUGCAGAAAAAGUUCUGGGGAAGAUAGCCUCCCUUGCACUGCAAGAAGUUUGUCUGGCUUGGGGUCUUGAGAGUGACCUGAAGAAGAUGGAGGAGAAUCUGACCACCAUAAAAGCUGUGCUAUUAGAUGCAGAGCAAAAGCAAGCAAAGAACCACGAGCUGGGGCUUUGGCUUGGAAGGCUUAAGCAUCUCUGUUAUGAUGCUGAGGAUGUGCUGGAUGAGCUGGAAUAUGAAGGCUUGCGAAGAAAAGUGGUGAAACGCUAUGGCAGUCCCAAAAUAAAGGUACGCCGGUUCUUUUCAAGCUCAAAUCCACUUGCAUUCCGUUUCAAAAUGGGUCAUAAAAUAAAGGGAGUUAUGGAGAGGCUAGAUGAGUUUGCAGAUCUGAAGUCAAAAUUCCAUCUUACUGAGCUAGUUGAUUAUCAAAUAGUGGUUCGCAGACAGAGGGAGAUAACUGACUCUCUGCUGCGUACAUCGAAUGUCAUUGGAAGAGAUGCGGAUAAGAAUAUAAUCAUGAAGUUUCUAUUAGAUCCAAAUGUGAGUGGCAGUGGCACUGUGUCUGUGAUUCCUAUAGUUGGAAUAGGAGGGAUGGGGAAGACAACACUAGCUAAAAUGCUAUAUAAUGAUGUGAGAUUAGAUGAAUAUUUCGAUCUUAAGAUUUGGGUGUGUGUAUCUGAUGAAUUUGAAAAGAAACAAAUCAUGGUACACAUGAUCAAGUCGUUAACUCAUCAAAACCGUGGUGACUUGGAUCCUGACCAACUGCAAACUUUGAUUUACGAAAAGUUGAAUUCUAAGAGAUUCUUACUUGUUUUGGAUGAUGUGUGGAGUGAUGAUCGCCGUAAAUGGGUUGAACUUAUGGAUUUAUUAGAGGGAGGUGCCUCAGGAAGUAAAGUUGUUGUCACUACACGUAGUACCUCCGUUGCAACAACUGUUGGCAGUGUUUCGGCAUACAACUUGAACGGUCUUUCCCAUGGAGAUUCCUUAUCUUUGUUUAAGAAAUGGGCUUUUAAAGAAGGAGAAGAAGAAUGUUAUCCCCAUCUAAUGGAAAUAGGGGAUGCCAUUGUGAAGAAAUGUAGUGGGCUUCCUUUGGCCGUGAGGACAUUGGGGACCCUCCUAUAUUUAAACACCGAUGAUCGUUAUUGGAGAUUCAUACGAGAUAACGAGAUAUGGAAGUUGGAGCAGAAGGAAAAUGACAUUUUACCUGAGUUGAGGUUAAGUUAUGAACAAAUGCCAUCUCACUUGAAACCAUGUUUUGCUAUUUGUUCCAUCUAUCCAAAGGAUUAUAGCUUCAACAGUGUUUUAUUAACUCAGGUUUGGAUGGCACAUGGGCUCCUUCAGUCCUCAAAUGAACACGAAGAUAUUGAAGAUGUUGCACUGCAAUACAUGAAGGCGUUGUAUUCUAGAUCAUUCUUUCAGGAAUUUGAAGAAUAUGGUGACUUUUUGGUAUUUACAAUGCAUGAUUUAGUUCAUGAUCUUGCAUUGUCAGUGGCACAAAGUGAAUGCUUUGUUGUGAAUGUUCGUAGCAAGAACAUAUCUGAGGGGAUUCGACAUCUCUCAAUCUCUGACGGGACUGUACUUGGCCAAGAGGUUCCUAAUUCUCUUCAAGAAGCAAACAGUUUGCGGACAAUAAUUUUCCCAUUUGAAGCCCAAGGCUCUGCUAGUGAAUCCUUUGUUAAUACAUGCAUCUCUACAUGUAAGUAUUUAAGGAUGUUCGAUUUAAGAGGGUCUUCUUUUGAGUUAUUACCUAAUUCCAUUGGUGCUCUGAAGCAUUUGAGAGAUCUUAACUUAUGUGAAAAUCAUAGAAUCAAGAGAUUGCCUGAUUCCAUAUGCAAGCUCCAUAAUUUGCAUUCUUUAUCACUUGGUAGAUGUUCAGCGCUUGAAGAGUUGCCGAAAGACAUAAGGAACCUGGUUAAAUUGAGAUUUCUGGAGAUGACAAUAAAACAGAAGCGCUUACCAGAGGAUGGAAUAGGGUGCUUAACAUCUCUUCGGUUUUUGUCUAUUGGAGAUUGCACCAAUCUUGAAUAUUUGCCUGAAGAAAUGAAAAAUCUCAGAUCCUUGCGUUUAUUGAACAUUUGGAGCUGUGACAGUUUGAUUUCCUUGCCGCGUAACCUGAAAUAUUUCGCUGCAUUGGAGACUCUAAUGAUAAAGGACUGUGAACAGCUUAAUUUGAUGGAAGAAGAUGACAUUCAAGACAUUGAGUUGAGCCUUCGAACUUUGAUCCUUGGCUAUUUACCAAAGCUACUGACCUUACCUCAAUGGCUUCAAAAGUCUUCCAACACUCUACAUUGCCUCACCAUAGGUGGUUGUGAAAACUUUUCAUCAUUACCUGACUGGCUACAAAAUUUUAGCUCUCUUAGAAAGAUUGAGAUUGAAGAUUGUCCAGAGAUGUUGUCACUACCCGAAGGGAUGCAUUGUCUUAUUGCCUUAAAAGUAUUGAGGAUUAGAGAAUGUCCAGCGCUUUGUGAAAGAUACAAAAAGGGAGGUGAGGACUGGAACAAGAUAGCUCAUGUCACGGAGAUUGAUCUUGAUGAAGAUGAGUCGGAGAUUGAUCUUGAUGAAGAUGAGUCGGAGAUUUUAUCUGCGGAUUAGAUUGUGCCAGCCUUGAGGUUUUAUUUGGUGGAAUGCAACAUCUUACAUGCUUGCAGAACUGUGAAAGUUCGAUGUCCAUGCCACGCAAAUUCAAAUACUUAAUUGGAUGGGCACUCUAGUGAUGAAGGACUGUGAUCAGUUUAAUUUGAUGGAUUACAAUGACAUCAAAGACAUCAAGUUGAGCCUUCAGUCUUUGGACUUCAUAAAUUACCACAGCUGGUGAGCUUACUUACCUCAAUGGCUUCAAAGGCUAGGGACUGACUCAAGACAGCUCAUGUCAAGGAGAUUGGUCUAUGAUGAUGAUGAUGAGUAGUCCUCAUUUUCCUCUGCAUUGCUUUUUGUUUCCUAGUAUUGUUUAAACCAUUGCAUUUCCUUAAAUUUCAUUUUAAUUCACUAGCAAACGACGGUUCUGUUUUAUUUAAUAUUAUCAGACUGGAUGCAUCCUGCGUGC